AUGGCGGACGUAGAUGAUAGAGGUUCGGCCGGUGACGAAGAAGGAGGCAAAGAUCUCUGGUACUGAGAUUAAAAGUGAUCGUGCAUGGACAUUAAGCGUUAUUCCUCUGUAAUAACGAUCUUCUACCGGUAUUUCUCUUUGGCAGGUCGUCCAUCUUAAGUGAUGUUUCGAGUUCUGCAAGCAGAAAACUUCCCUCCAACAAGUCGAUUGUUCUACUAGGUUCGUUUUCAGUUAGCUUUUUGCCUUCGUUUAUUUUUAAUUUUUGUUUUUGAAAACGACCAUCUGCAAAUUUUCUAGGGUACGAUGGAUCAGGAAAAACGACGCUAAUAUCAAAGCUUAGAGGAAAAGAAGACGAAAUCAGCAAGGGUCAUGGACUUGAAUACACAUAUCUUGACGUUCACGAUGAAGAGCGAGAUGGUAUGAAACCGUUAACUUAAAGUAAUAAACCGGUCGUCGAGGCUUUAAAUUGGCAACUAAUUUUAUUAUUUACAAGGAGUUUUAAACUUUUUUUCCCUUAUUUUUUCAGACAGCACCCGGUUAGGUGUUUGGAUACUGGACGGUGAUCCACUUCAUAAAAAUCUUCUGCAAUAUGCACUUACACCUAAAUGCAUUAACAACACUUUGGUUGUACAAGUUGUUGAUAUGUCUAGACCAUGGACAAUUAUGGAAUCUCUUCAUUCAUGGACGGAGGUUCUUCGAGAGCAUAUUCACUCGCUCAAGUUACCGCCGAAAGAACUGAAUGAAAUGGAGGAACGAAGUGAGUCUAAUGGAUUAAUUUCAUGCUUGUAAAAAUUACAGUGUACAAGUCAUGUACUUUGUUAUUGUGAUAGACAUUGUUAAGAAUAUUUUCAUUGUCAAGCGUGCGUGUCGGAUUUCUUAAAAAUUGCUAUUUAUAUAGCUGUUUGACAGAUAUAUGGAGUUGUCAGUUUGUUAAAAACUCAUAUAAAAUCGCAGUUCAUGCGAUGUUUAUUCGUCCCAAGUUUUAUUUUAGACAGUGAAUUUCAGUGGCGAGAUCGAUGUUAUAGUGUUAGAGAGUUUACCUUCGAUACUUGUUUGGACAAGUAAAAGCUUUUCGAAUAGAAAACAUUAGUUUUCCUUCAGAUGAAAACAUAAUCGUUCCCAACAAAGCUUGAUUUAGGGUAGUUUUGGUCCCUAAUAUUCAAUUGUAAUAAGAACGCUCAUGCGAUUGCAGAGUGAUAAUAUUUUAGUUAGAAAAGAAUGUGUGAAAAUAUUAUCGUCGCUAAUAAUAUGUUUACUUUCGUUCGAAAGUGGUUAAAAUAUGAUCUGUAACGAUUUUUCGAAAAAAGUGGCCUCGAUUUUCAUUGUUAAUGUGUGAGUUUAAAUUGAGUUUAACAGUUGGGGAUGACGAAUCUCAUGUUUAAUUGAUAUAGGUGUUGAGAUACUGCCCUUCAGCAAAGUGCAUUAUAUUGCUUUAGCUAGUUUCAGAAUUACUAAUUCUAACCUGCAUAUACUUAAAGUGCAUUUUUUUAUUGUCUGUAAUUUCCUAGAAGGGCAGCUCUCAGCAUCUUUGGCUUAACCAUGCAUAAAAAUAUUAUUAUAGAUUUUUAAUUGUACAUGUAAUUAGCAAAUGUUUUGGGGAGCAUUGUGUUUCCUGGCUGCAAAGAGAUGUUGAGCCAAAGUAUAUGGACAGCUCUUUUGCUUCCAGCUAUUUUGAAAUGAAAAAGAUAACAAAUGCCAUUUUGGUGAAGUAAAAGGUUUGAAUGAAUUUAAUGAUGGCAGUGUUUUAAGGAAGACAGACAACUCUGUUCCGUUGUGUGACAGUUCGUUAAUUUAUUGGUUCGCUAACAGACAACUAAUGAAUCAUCAUGUUUAUCAAAUAAUGGCUCUUUGUAAAUAUAUAGUGUUUUUGAACACAAAAUUAUAGGCUUCAACAAAGCGCUGACCUUCCUGACUGAUCCUCUCCAAAACACUCUGUGAAUAAUGACAAAAUACAGAAUACAUUAAGGCCUCUGGUUUUGCUUGUAAAUAGUCAGCUGGUGUGAGUCGAGCCUUUGGGGGUUGUUACUUGUUAUGCUUAAUUUGUAAAGUUUGUUUCUGUUAACUGUGAGCCACAGUGGGAAACUAAACCCCUAAAGAUUUUUUAGUCUUUUUUCUGGUUCAGUGAUCUUAAUUAUUUUUCUCCUUUUCUACCACAGUUGUGCGGCACUUUCAGGAGUAUGUUGAACCAGAUGAAACAGUAGAAGACAGAAGACGAUCUGGGAUAAAAGAUGAAGACAAAGUUCUUUUACCACUUGAUGAAAAUGUUCUUUCAGAUAAUCUUGGUCUUCCUAUGGUAGUUGUUCUUACAAAGGUAAGUGUGAUACACAGUCAUUGUCCAUUUAUCCCCUAACAGUGAUCAGCUGUAAGGGACAGCAUCUAAUUUAUCCUUUAAAUACCUCCGCUUAAUAAUGGUAAUAGGACUGAGUGGAGUCUAGCCUGCAAACAGCAGUGUCUGCUAACCCGAGCGGCAAAACGAUUUCCGUGACGUAAAACCUUUUUA